AUGACCAUGUGGAAGGUUAGAAUGAUGUCUCGUUUGCUGUUGAUAAUGAUAAUCAAAGGUGUCCUCAUGAAGGUGGUGAUGGGGACGGUGUAUACCGUUGGUGACUCUCAAGGUUGGGCGAUUCUUGUUAAUUCAGAUUACACCACUUGGACAUCUUCAAAGAGGUUUCGGGUUGGUGACACUCUCUUGUUCCAUUACCAUCCAGGCAGUCACAAUGUAAUCCAAGUGAACCGGUAUAAUUACCGGUCAUGCAACACAAGUGCACCAUGGAAAACCUUUGGAACCGGCAAUGACUCCUUCAACAUCAAGGCACCAGGUCAUUACUACUUCAGUUGUAGCUUUCCUGGUCACUGUGAGGCUGGCCAGAAGCUCAAUGUUAGAGUCCUCAAGAAGUAUUCUCUAAUCACCUCUGAACAUAAGAACGUUUCAUCGACCACCUCGACAGACUUGCCAAAAACAGACGCAAUGGCACCAACGUCGGUUGCACAAUUCGUAACCGGCUAUAAUUUCUUUCUUGGGGUGCUUGUUGUUAUGUCCACACUUUAUUUAUGCAGCAAUAUGGGUUGCUUAAUUAUAUAA